GUCUGGAGCAGCUGAGUGGGCGAUCACUUCCCGCUAGAGGUGUACUUGCCUGUGUGAGGGCGCGCUCUCCGAUAUAAGACUCGCACCUCCGCUUUGGGUCAAACAUUAAAAGAAGAGUGGCAGGGGAAGAAUAACUGCGCUGUAGCGCUGCGGAAUUCACCAGACUGCAAUCUUUUCUGUAAUUCAGAGGGUUAUUGGAGCCCACCCACCACAGGUGAGACUCGAAGCAAAAGAGACGGCAGUCGCCGCACCCCUCGAAUCAUUAUUAUCGUGGAAGCGCAGAGUUGAGCACAUUUCACCGAGGAGACGCACACGAGCUCACCGCCUCGCCAGGAGGGUACUCGGGAGAGUCAUGUAUAUCCUUUAAAAUCUUUUGGCUGCUUUACCCACCUCUGUUUACCAUGUCGCGGUCGUAAAGCGGGAACAACUUGAACCUCAGUCAGAGCUGCUUUGGAGUUUACAUGUUCACCCCGAGACUGCGACUCCUGAAGUCCGGCAACAGGCUGCUAAGUUUUCAGGUGACUCGAAAUCCAUCAGGCUUCCCUCAAUGCAGUGAUGUGUAUUAAUACCACAGAAGUGACGAACUACAAAAAUAACACUGUGGAGCCCGCCAUCCUGGUCUCUGUCUUUGCAAUGAGUGCUGGUGUCCUGUCUAAUUGUCUUGCUUUGAUGAUCCUUGUGAGUGCAUACAGACGCUUUAGGUUGAAGUCAAAAGCAAAUUUCCUGUUUUUUGCAGCUGGCUUGGUAUUUACUGAUUUCCUGGGACAUGUCACCAAUGGCUCUCUCGCACUAUAUGUUUAUGCACAGCACAAAAACUGGAGUCAUUUUGACCCUCAUGAAAUCUUGUGCAAUAUUUUUGGAGUUUGCAUGGUGUUUUUUGGAUUGUGCCCUUUGAUUCUUGGCAGUGUAAUGGCAGUAGAACGGUGCAUAGGCAUCACCAACCCUUUGCUACAUUCCACCAAGCUGGCUCCCAAACAUAUGAAGAAGCUCUUGUUUCUGGUGUGGCUUCUGGCCAUGUUUGUUGCCUUAUUGCCUAUAAUAGUGGGAAGACACUACAAAGUCCAGGAAUCUCGAAGUUGGUGCUUCUUCAAAAUUCAGAAAUUGGAUGGACUGGACAGAUGUUUUUUGCUGCUCUUUUCAGUUUUAGGAUUACUGUCACUUUUUGCAGCAAUGCUUUGCAAUACCAUCACAGGAUUCACCUUAGUGAAAUUAAAAAUGAAAGAGACAAGACACAGGCAAGGACGAUCCCAUCAUUUUGAAAUGAUAUGUCAAUUGCUAGCAAUCAUGCUGGUUUCCUUUAUCUGCUGGGGUCCAUUCCUGGUUUGCUUUUUUAUCAUCGGAAGCAGAGGAAAGAACAUUAAUUGUGAAACAUUGCUGCUUGCUGUUCGAAUUGCUACUUGGAAUCAAAUCUUAGACCCCUGGGUUUACAUUCUGCUUCGUAAGGCUGUGCUAAAGAAAAUAUUUUUCAUCAGUCGAAACUGCUGUGGAUACCAAGACAUCCCUCUUGACAAAUGGAACUGCAAUUCAGCCAAGGGCUCACUGCAAACACCAUCAUUUUCCAGCAGGACAGACUUCAGGCCAGGAACUUCACUGAGAGUCAUUACACCGGAUACUGCAAUUGUGACACCGUUUAGCUGACAUUAAAGAUGAUACUGAAGAUCAUGAAGGAGAGAGCGAUAGAAUCCAUGCUGUGGAAUUUAUUCCAUGGGUGUUGAUGGUUUUCUGAGUAUUGCGGAAAAUAUUUAUAAAAACAAUAAAUAAGCUGCUGUCAUGUUUAUUUUUAGACCAGGUUUUCUACAAAUGCAUUACGCAUGCACAUUGGGGGGGGAUAUGACAGCAGGUGUACGACUUGGUAUAGAUUUGGGAGGAAUAUCAAAAACAAUGGAAGGACAAUUCAUGGCUGACCACUUUAUCCAAAUUGCACUCUGGGUUAUUUGAUUUUAAGUGACCACAAUGAAAUGUCAGAGUAUUUUGGGAAAAAAAGGCCUUGGUAAGUGCCAAAUAAUCAUAUUAACCUCCAUUAAAGUAUAAAGCAACUGAAGGAGCACUUGUGGCAACAGAGUUGGAUGGGGGCGCUUACCAAAAAUGGACAGACAUUUUAAACCUACUGAUUUUUACCAGGCACAGUUGUUACAUUUAUUUCUGCUGAAAAGUUUCAAAUGCAUGGGUUGCUGUUCAUUGUACCUGCAGUUAAAUUAAAGAGCUGGAGAUUGUACAGUAUAUGAAUACAGCUGGCCCACCCGCCAUGCAGGACACAUCUGUCCCAUGCAAACUGAAUGUAUGGCAAGUCACUGUUAAAUAAAAGAAAAUGGUCAUUGUAAAAUGUAACAUUAUAUAUUUAAGACAACUAAAUGGCCAGUUUUAGUUGUGUCUUUUUGUUACUGUAUAUGUAUAUUUCAUGAAAUGAUUAAUCAGUAAUUCAAACAAAGUGAAAAGAGGAUUGCUUUCUCCUAACAUCUUGGUCUAUACAACAGUGGGUCUUAGACCAAGUUAGAAAAAUUCUAGAACUGGCUGUGUGAAAUUUAAAAAAAAAAAAAAAGAAAAGAAAAAUCUUAAAUGUUUACUGCUUUUUGUGAAACUACAGGUGUGUUGUAAUGAUCAGAAUUAUAUGUACAUGUUUAAGAGAAGGCAUCACCGUAAAUCUUAAGGAAAGAGCAGUGUGCUUUUAUUUGCAGGCUCUCCUCAUUAACCCGCUAACUCCUGAAGUCCUCUUUCAACUGCAGUUACCUUGGAAAAGAUUUAAAGUGGGUUUGUGAAUCUUAUAUAAGUUUAACUUUGUCAAACAUCUUAAAAAAAAGGAAUGACUCUUAACCAUCAGUUUCCAUCCCGCUGAAUCCGAACACAGGGUCACGGGGGUCUGCUGGAGCCAAUCCCAGCCAACACCGGGCACAAGGCAGGAACCAAUCCCAGGCAGGGUGCCAACCCACCGCAGGACACACUCAAACACACCCACACACCAAGCACACACUAGGGCCAAUUUAGAAUCGCCAAUCCACCUAACCUGCAUGUCUUUGGACUGUGGGAGGAAACCCAUGCAGACACGGGGAGAACAUGCAAACUCCACGCAGGGAGGACCUGGGAAGCGAACCCGGGUCUCCUAACUGCGAGGCAGCAGCGCUACCACUGCACCACUGUGCCACCCUUAACCAUCAAUUUUCAGAGGUAAACCCAAGUGUCAAAGUGCACAGACCAGUUCACAUAAUGGGUAUGGCCAUCAACUAUAAACCACAAGGUUGGCAGUUCCAUCUCCACUACAAUUCAAUGUGUGACCCAAACAAACACAUUUAGUUUGCCUGCGUUUCAUAUUGCAAAAUAAACAUAAACAGUAACAUGUAUUCUUAUCCUGAAAGUCAUCUUGAUAAAGGCGUGUGCCAAUUAGUGCUAUAUUUUUGUUUCUUUAAGAAAUUCACGCUUUUCUGUGAAUGGGCUCAUUUUAACACUUAACGCGUAAGCCAGACUGAUAUAUUUCCAUUACUAGGAUUUUCAACAGUUUAUAUUUUUUUAUCCAAAAUUCUUAUAUACUGUAUGUAGGGAUGUAAAGCAGUGUACCAUAAAACUUGAUUUGUCAUUGGAUUUUUCAUUGUAUUGAACAUUGCCAUUCUAUUUUAAAUAUCAAAGACUAAAAAAACAAAAGAUUUCUUGACAGAUCAAGUGUAUCAUUUCUUUGGUUUUCUUUCAUACACACCUAAGCAAAGAGAAAGCAGGGCCUCCACCAGUGUGCAAAAAAAGUCUGAAAAUCAAACUAAUGUCGACACUUUUGACACCAAAUGUAAUAUUACUUUCGCCUGUCACAUACACAGAAUUGACUGAAGCGGAACAAAAUUAGGCUAGUGUUAUUAUUUGUGGGUCUGCCAUGGUGCCCGUGUUUUAAAAAAGUGUUUUACAAUACCAAGAACCUGUGUAAAUGUCAUCAGUGGGCAGCCCUACAUUUGCGAAAUGCCCAGUUUAGCUUCCAUCUUCAACUUUCUAUGAUCUUGUGUAGCCUUAUGGGUGAGAAUGGAGAUUAAAUGUGGAACAAAGGGUAUUUACUAUAGAGCCAGGGAUUUAAGACCUUAAAAAAACAAAAGCAGAGCAUGUUGGAGUUUGGUAAGCUGGUAAGAAACUCGGUCUGUUUAUUGUCUCAACCCGUUUUUCACUUUUAGAGCAUAACGGGAACCCAAAAACAUCGUUGUUGUGCGGGCAACAUAAAGCGGUGUGCUCAUUGACUAUAGUGAUAUGUGGGCUGCGUCUCCAAAAGUUCAAAAGACACCCACCCUUGAAUGCCCGGAAGCGUAGCGUGAUUGGUUGUCCUAAAAAAAGCGGUCUGGGCCUUGCAAUAUUACACACUGGUAGUUAUUUGCUAUAUUCGGGUCGAAGAAUCAAGAAUUUCGUGACUUUGGGUAAUGACUAAUGUUUGUUACAUAUUAAUUAUGGAUAGAGUUUGUAAAAGUGGACGUUAUGUAAUAACAAUGCAAAAACUCAUAAGUUCCAAAACUACUUAUUGUACUGGUAACAGCUGCGCUCAUCGACGUGUUAAUUAUAAAUCUGACAUGCCCUGGUUGCUCUUGGUACCGUAUGGAUUAUACGACCGACUCAUUCACACAUGCAUAAAUUCUCCAAACUAUACUUCCAAUUGAGGCAGAACGCACAGUCACACACACACACACACCUCUCUCUCAUACCUUUACCGAGUCUGUUCUGUGUUUCAAGUGUAUUUCAUCUGCACCGGGUGCAAAGAAAAAGCAGACCUGGAUAUGUGUCUCCCAAUCACAAUAGCUGCGUCAGUUUACCCAACUGCAGAGUAAUUGGAAUAAAGGACGCGGAACUAAAGAUAGAACUACUUUCCCACUGGCAAAGUUGCUUAAUUUUCUGCUGCCAGGCUGAGGAGCUAAAGGUUCCACUCUAGGACAAGACUGACUUCACUAUGUACGAAAUCUCCACAGCAUUGCUAGGACCACUCUUAUGUUGUAACACUGUCCCCAGGCCACCAAUAUCCCCAGUUUUCAUUCUGCAUAGUGUAUUGAGUAUAGUGCAUUGUGGCUUUUAUUUCAACUGCUUAUUCCUGCUUUUGGCCAGUCCAGACAAUGUUAUUCAUUUUUCAUCACUUUGAAUUCCAGAAUAAAUAUUUCUUGUAGUUAAGUCACAACAAUGAGAUUACUCAGCGUUAUGGUGAGCUGCUGCUGUUCUUGUCUUAAUUAAAAAUGGGCAAUCAUAUCUGAUAGCACUUCCCCUCGGAGUGUACAUCUGAAAGAGAUUACUUUGAUAAAAUAUUUAGCAAGGCACAAGAAAACAGAAGGGUGCCAACACAUGUCCAUCUCUAAAACACACUUUUUUUUUUUUUCUUCAAAAUUUGACAAUACGCUUAAACUCUUUUUAAAGUGUGCCAUUUUACAGGAUACUGCACAGAAGGCAAAGUGCAUUUUGGCUAAAUUUCUUCUAAAAUGUUCCACGAAGAAGCCACUGUUUUGAGCUCACAAUGUAAAAUACUGCUGUGACAUACAAUUAGUUUAAAGACAACAUUCACAAAAAUAAAGCAGAAUCCCAUGGUGAAAAGGGGCACAGCUUAAUUAAGUUUGCAACUAUAAAUGAUUUAAAAAACAGCAUGCUUCCAUGCAGACACAAAAUGUAAUAGAAGUAACACUUCAUCACAGCAAGCAGCUGCAUAACAACAGCAUUAUACCGAACUUACAGUGAGGACUGCAAAAUAAUAAAAACACAGUAUGCUCACUUAAAGUUGCAAGGUACCAUGUCUGAAUUUAUUACAAUUUGACACACUGUGGAUUAACUAAACUGGGUUAGUAAUAAAAUGCUCAUUUGAGUCUGCAGACUUGUACAGAUUACAAAAUGUAAACUUAUUGAACAUCACUUCAGGAAUCUUUAUCAAACAACAGGAUUAAAAUAAAUAAAGCCUUCUAAAGAUGACAUACUCUCUGGCUGCCAUGUUCGAAAGUGAAUCUGAACUUGUUCUUGUUGUGUUUAUUGAAUCACUCAUCAGAAUGACUUCUUACACAAUGUCAUGCAUAACAAGACGCUUCUUGAAAUUGUUUUGUAUUUGCCAGGAAGUUGCAUAGUAAAGCUUGCCUGUACAGCAUGAAAAAAUAAGAAAAUUAAUGUACUUCAGGCUCUACUGAGUAUAUCUGCUGUAUAAAACCAUAUUUCAGAUUUUGAAUAAGAUAAAGAUGAAUUGAAUCUCAUUAAAUAUUCUUGUUCAGUGUAAAUUAAAUGUCU